AUGAAAGAUUGUGCUCCGGUUGAAACACCAUUACCUCUGAAGCUUGAUAAAGUUCCUGGUCAAGAUGAAACGUUCUCAAAUCCUUCUUACUUUAGAAGUUUAGCUGGAAAGCUUCAGUAUCUUACACUCACUAGACCGGAUCUCCGAUUCUCUGUCAACUACAUCUGUCAGAAGAUGCACAUGCCAAGUCAGUCCGAUUUCUCUCUUCUCAAGCGGAUACUACAUUAUGUCAAAGGGAGUUUAGAGAUGGGGAUAAGAAUCAAAGCAAAUAUUGAUUCGACGUUGGAGUGCUAUAGUGAUAGCGACUGGGCAGGGUGCAGAGACACAAGACGGUCAACCGGCGGCUUCUGUACUCUCCUCGGGUCCAAUGUUAUAUCUUGGUCAGCUAAGAGACACGAGACAGUCUCCAAAUCGUCUACGGAGGCUGAAUACCGGACAAUGUCAUUAGCUUCUUCGGAGAUAGUGUGGCUUCAAAAUCUUAUGCGUAUGAUGGGACUGCAGCAAUAG